AUGGAAGAAGCGCCUGGAAAAGAAAACUACCUGGCGAUGGCGGACUCCGAAGCAAUCACGGAAGUUGAAACUUCUUUACCACAUCUCCGGGAGGGAAUUCGUGAUUUCUGGGGCUUGAUCUUCAAAUCUCCGGCGAGAAAAAUGGGAAUUGAAGGAGCAUGCAGAGGAAUUGGCCGGCUGAAGAGAAGACGGGAGGUUAUCGACAGAGAUGAAGAAGCCGAAGCUGAAGAGUGA